AUGCAGCGCAGCCCGCAACAAGGUGCAGCGCCGGUCGCCAGCCCUGCAGUUGCCCUCAGCCCUGCGGUGGCCGCCAGUCCUGCGGUGGUCGCCAGCCCCGCAGCUGGACUCCCCACACCGAGUCCAUACUUAAUCGAUAUGACCCCUCUCGCUCGUGACGCCUCUACCGACCUUCCGGAGUUCCAAGUCGAGACUGUGAACGCCAUGCGUCUCAAGCCGCCCGAAUUGGAUACUGCUGACAUCCAUACGUUCUUCUACGCCUUGGAGAACUGGUUCGACGCCUGGAAUAUUUCUCCGCACCAUCAUGUUAGACGUUUUAACAUCCUGAAAACACAGAUCCCUACGCGAAUUCUUCCCGAGUUGCGUCCCAUUCUCGACAGCGUACCAAAUACCGAUCGCUACGAAUCCGCGAAGAAAGCCAUCAUACAACAUUUCGAAGAGUCCCAGCGAAGCCGCCUACACCGUUUGCUAUCCGAAAUGAGCCUCGGCGACCGUAAGCCUUCACAACUGCUAGCCGAGAUGCGGCGAACAGCAAACGGUGCAAUGACCGACUCCAUGUUGAUCGAUCUUUGGAUCGGUCGGAUGCCGCCCUACGUUCAGUCCGCCGUGAUCGCGUCCUCUCAAAACGCCGACGAGAAAGUUAAGGUAGCCGAUUCAGUGGUCGACUCUUUCGCCUUGUACAAUCGCUCCGGUCCGUACCAAACCAUCGCCGAGGUGCGGAAUGAGGAGGUCAACCGCCUUUCACGACAGGUAGCCGAGCUGAGUCAACGCUUAGAAACUCUAAUGAACCAGAACCAAGCUCGUGAACGCUCACGGGCCCGCUCACGCUCUCGCAAUCGCAACACGAACCAGGCUACUAAUCCUAACACUAACGGCUAUUGUUUCUACCACGACCGAUACGGACAGCAAGCGCGUAACUGCCGCGCUCCGUGCUCGUUUAACAGCCGUCCUCAAAAUAACGGUACUCCUACUACUUCUGCAUGA